CAUCCUGUCUCCAUGCAGGGGAUGAAGUGGUUUGGCAGUAUGUCCCUCAGCAGCAAAAGGAGUAAGAGGAGGAGUAGAAGGAGCAGCAGCUGUAGCAGUAGUAGUAAUAGUGUGCUGCUCUCCUUGGCUCUCCUGGUGGUGGUGACCCUCAUCACGGACCCCGCGGCGGCGCAAAAGCAGCGAAGUGGCGGCGCCUCGGAAAAAGUGCCGGUCCUGAACAUUGCUGUGAUCCUGGGACGCACGCGCUACAUCUCCGACCGGGACAUCCGGGCGCUGUGGAGCAAGGAGGACCCCAUCGACGUCAACGUGGUCACACUGCUGGUCAACGAGACCGACCCGAAAAGCAUCAUCACUCACAUGUGCGACCUGAUGUCCGGGACCAAGAUCCACGGCGUGGUGUUUGGGGAUGGCACCGACCAGGAGGCCAUUGCCCAGAUUUUGGAUUUUAUUUCCUCGCAGACGCUUAUACCCAUCCUCGGCAUCCAUGGAGGGUCGUCCAUGAUCAUGGCUGAUAAGGAUGUGAAGUCGACAUUCUUCCAGUUCGGCGCCUCCAUCCAGCAGGAGGCUCUGCUGAUGCUGAACAUUAUGGAGGAGUACGACUGGCACAUCUUCUCCAUCGUCACGUCAAAGUUCCCUGGCUACCAGGAGUUCAUCAACAUCCUGAAAACGACCGUGGACAACAGUUUUGUAGGCUGGGACCUGCAGAAUAUCAUCACUUUGGACGCAGUGGAGGAAGACAGCCGGUCUCAGAUCAUGCUCAAGAAGGUCCAGUCCCCCGUGGUCCUACUCUACUGUUCCAAGGACGAGGCGGUCUACAUCCUGGAGGAGGCUCGCUCUCUGGGCCUCACCGGGUUUGGAUACAUCUGGAUUGUGCCGUCACUCACCACUGGCAACCCGGAAAUAACGCCAGAGGAGUUCCCAUCGGGAAUGAUUUCAGUGUCAUACGACGACUGGGACUACCCGUUGGAGGCGCGUGUCCGUGAUGGUCUGGGGAUCAUAACGUCAGCAGCGGCAGCCAUGUUGGAGGAGUAUGGCGACAUCCCCGAAGCCAAAACAUCCUGUUACGGGCAGAUGGAGAAGACGACCAAGCUGCCACCCAGCGCGCUACAUAAGUACAUGAUGAAUGUGACAUGGGAUGGCAGAGACUUGUCAUUCACUGAAGACGGCUACCAGGAAAACCCAAAGCUGGUGGUCAUUGUUCUCAACAAGGACAGGGAGUGGGAGAAGAUGGGAAAACUGGACAACGGCAGCCUGACACUGAAGUACCCGGUGUGGCCGCGCUUCAACUCCUUCGGUGAUGCCGAGCUUGACGACAACCACCUGUCCAUUGUCACUUUAGAGGAGAAACCUUUCGUUAUAGUGGAGGACGUGGAGAGGCUCACCGGAACAUGCAUGAGGAACUCCGUCCCCUGCAGAAAGCAUAUCAAAGACAACACAACAGAGGCUGGUGGGACGUACAUCAAGAAGUGCUGCAAAGGCUUCUGCAUCGAUAUUCUGAAGAAAAUUGCCAAAUAUGUAAAGUUCACCUAUGACCUGUACCUGGUAACCAAUGGCAAGCAUGGCAAGAAGAUUAACAAUGUCUGGAAUGGGAUGGUGGGAGAGGUGGUCUAUAAGAAAGCCGUCAUGGCCGUCGGAUCUCUGACGAUCAAUGAGGAGCGUUCUGAGGUCAUCGAUUUCUCCGUCCCGUUCGUGGAAACCGGGAUCAGCGUCAUGGUCUCCCGUAGCAACGGAACCGUCUCCCCGUCAGCCUUCCUCGAGCCAUUCAGUGCAUCAGUGUGGGUGAUGAUGUUUGUGAUGCUCCUACUGGUGACUGCAAUGGCUGUUUUCAUGUUUGAGUACAUCAGUCCUCUGGGCUUUAACAGAAACUUGGCACAGGGAAAAGACCCCCACGGCCCUUCCUUCACCAUGGGCAAGGCCGUGUGGCUGCUUUGGGGUCUGGUCUUCAACAACUCUGUGCCAGUGCAAAACCCGAAAGGCACCACCAGUAAGUUCAUAGUGUCUGUGUGGGCCUUCUUCGCUGUCAUCUUCCUGGCCUCCUACACUGCCAACCUGGCCGCCUUCAUGAUCCAGGAGGAGUUUGUCGACCAAGUCACCGGGCUUUCUGACAACAAGUUUCAGAACCCGUAUGCAUACUCGCCUCCGUUCCGCUUCGGGACGGUUCCAAAUGGAUCCACAGAGAGGAACAUCAGGAAGAACUACCCUGCCAUGCACCAGUACAUGGUGAAAUAUCAUCAAACUGGCGUCCAGGACGCACUGGUCAGCCUCAAAACAGGUAAACUGGACGCCUUCAUCUAUGAUGCUGCAGUGUUGAACUACAUGGCCGGCAGAGAUGAAGGAUGUAAGCUGGUGACCAUUGGCAGCGGGUACAUCUUUGCUACCACUGGUUACGGCAUUGCUCUGCAGAAAGGGUCCUACUGGAAACGGCAGGUGGAUCUGGCUAUCCUGGCCAUCAUCGGAGAUGGUGAAAUGGAGGAACUAGAAGCCCAGUGGCUGACAGGAAUUUGCCACAAUGAGAAGAACGAGGUGAUGUCCAGUCAGCUGGAUGUGGACAACAUGGCUGGGGUCUUCUACAUGCUGGCCACAGCCAUGGGGCUCUCCCUAAUCACCUUCGUCUCUGAGCAUCUCUUCUACUGGAGGCUCAGAUACUGUUUCACUGGGGUCUGCUCCGGCACGCCGGGUCUUCUUUUCUCCAUCAGUCGGGGAAUCUGGAGUUGCAUCCAUGGAGUCCACAUUGACAUGAAGAAAAAAACAGAUCUGGACUUUAGCCCUCAGGACAAAAUGCUUAAGCUCAUCAAGUCAGCCAAACAGAUGACCAACAUAUCUAACCUGGGUGGCUCGCGCAUGAACUCACCCAAACGUGAGUUCAUGCACUCAGCUGGCCCGAUGAUCAUGGAUAUGAUGGCAGAGAAGGGCAACUUCAUCUAUGCUGACAACCGAAGCUACGCUCCCAAAGACAUGAUCUAUGGGGAUACGGGUGACCUGCAGUCGUACCUUGCUAACCGCCACAAAGACCACCUUAACAACUACAUCUUCCAGGGAGGCCAGCAUCCUCUGACCCUGAAUGAUGCCAAUCCCAACACAGUAGAGGUGGCAGUGAGCGCUGACGCAGUCCAGACCAAUGCCAAGCCGCCCCGGACCCUGUGGAAGAAGUCAGUGGACACGCUCCGUUCAGUGCCACCUGGGCCCCCUCCGAUGCCCGACAUGCUGAUGCCAGACCCACGUAUGUCGAUGAAGACACAGCGCUACCUCCCUGAGGACACAGCCCACUCUGACAUCUCCGACUGCUCCAGCAGGGCAGCCUCCUACAAGGACCCAGAAAACAACAAGCACCUGAAGCCCAAGGACAACUUAAAAAAAAGAUCGGUGACGUCAAAAUACCCAAGGGACUGCAGUGAGGUGGAGCUGUCCUACUUAAAGACUAAGCAGGUCAGCGGCGGAACCAACCAAACCGGUAGAGGGGGAGGAGGAGGAGGAGGAGGGGGAGGAGGAGGAGGAGGAGGAGAGAAAAUCUACACCAUCGACUCAGACCGAGAGCUGAGCCUGCACUCAGACCCCAUUCACUACCGCGAGAGUCGUGGCCUCGCUGCAGACGAUUUGGAUUACCCUGAGAUCUACUCUGACCACAGCGACAACUUUAGGAAGUGUGAGCAGCCCAUCAUUCAUCUGAAUUCCUCGCCUUUGCAUCACACAGACUCAGAUCUUCUACCAGACCCAACUUACUCUAAACACUACAACGUGAAAGAGAAAAACCUGUCCCCACAUGAAUCCAUUGAUCGCUACAAACAGACACACUGCCGUUCCUGCUUGUCCAAAGUGACCGCUAGCUACCCACCAGCAGGGCCGUACACGCCUACUGCCUCUGCCGCAGCUUCUGCCACACGCUCACCCUAUAAUCGGUGUGAAGCAUGCAUCCACAUGGCCAACCUGUAUGACAUUAGUGAGGACCAGCUCCUCACAGACCCCUUGGUCAGUCCCACCAUGCACCACCAACAGCAGCAGCAGCAACCAGACGAAAUGUUUGGUCUGUAUUGGCCACAGACGGAUGGGCCACAUGUCCAAAAGAGAAACCGCUUGAGGCUCAGUCGUCAGCAUUCCUUUGACAACAUCAUGCUAGAAAAGCCCAAGGAUGUAGACCUGGGCCGACCGGCGCGUAGCGUCAGCCUCAAGGAGAAGGACCGCUUCCUGGACUCCGCAUCUGACUCGCAUUAUGCGAACCUCUUCGGCAUGCGUCCCUACUCCGGAAGACUGUUUGGCACCGGCUCCAAAUCAAUGCUGUUUAACCACAACCUGGAGGAGAGCAAGAGGAGCAAGUCCCUGUACCCGGCCCAUGGCUCGGAAAACCCUUUCCUCAGCCACUCGCUGAGGGAUGACACCAGCAGCAGACUGGUCCAUGGGCGUAGCUCCUCUGAUAUUUACAAACAGCUGGCGGUGGCUUCACCUGCAGCGGUCCUUGGAGCGGCCCCCAUCAAAACACGCAACGAUGCGAACAAUCUCCGCUCUUCCGUUAAAUCCACCACUUCAUACUGCUCACGGGACGGGCGGAUAGCUAAUGACAUGUACAAUAAAGAGCAUGUGAUGCCUUACUCAGCCAAUAAGACUAGUGCAUACCCGGCCCCACGCGGUGUCCUAAACUCAGCCCAGUUCAGCAAUAGACGGGUCUAUAAAAAAAUCCCCAGUCUGGAGUCAGAUGUUUAG